UUCAAUCGAUUCAAUGGUUUAAUUUAAUCGAUUAACAGUUUUCAUUUUUGCUUUCACUUUGUUAUUGGUGGCGGCGGUGAUGGUGGUUUUUUUUUGUGAUAUGUCUCGUUUACCAUUGUUUUCAUCAUUAUUUGAGCAUUCAAAUUGCUCUUCAUCAUCCACAUCAAAAUUGUCCAAAUCAACGACAACGAAAACGACAACAGCAUUAUUAUCACAAUACGAUUAUCCAACACGUUUGAAAAUGGCAAAAAUGAAAUUCAAACAUAAUCAUAAUCAUUCUGCCGACGAUGAUGUUAGCGAUCAUCAUCAUAAUAAUCGAUUCUCAUCAAUCAAUAUUGUAAAUAAUAUUUCAUCAUCUUCCUCAUCAUCAAUUCAUAUAAUGUCGAUAACAAUGCAAUUCUAUCUAAUAAUGAUUGCAGCAACAGCAUUAAUAUUUUUUACAUCAAUUACUGUACAGGUUGAUGCUCGUCGUUCAGUGAAUGCAUCCAAUUUUUCCAUAAGUCCUCCCAAUCGAGCUCGUAUACAAUAUAAAACAACAUAUGCCUGUGAACAUCGUGAAUUACAAUUAAAUUGUGAACCAAAUGAAUCAAUACAUUUAGUACGUGCCAAUUAUGGUCGUUUUAGUUUAAGCAUCUGUAAUGAAGGUGGACGUCUUGAUUUAAGUGUUAUGUGUAUGUCUUAUCGUUCAUUUCUAAUCAUGUCCGACAGAUGUAGCAACAAAUCUAGCUGUAGUGUCAUUGUUUCAAGUAAAUUAUUUGAUGAUCCAUGUCCUGGGACGGCCAAAUAUCUUGAAGUUCAAUAUCAUUGUGUUCAAGGCUCAGCCUCUUCAAUCAUGUCAUCUUCAUCUUCAUCUGCAUCUUUUCCUUCCUCAUCAUCAUCAUCAUCAUCUUUGUCGUCAUCACAGUCAACAUCAUUACAGACGACCACUCGACGACCACCAAUCGAGUCUUCUUCAACCGUGAACAAUACUAUUCCGGUUAUUCCGAAUAAUAAUAAUAAUAGUCCAAUAGAUACAGUGUUUGUGCCUGCACCACUUCCUCCUCUUACAACCGAUUCCUCUUAUAUGACACAUGCUGAAGAUCAGCCCGUUAUAGCAUCAUCAUCAUCUUCAGAUUCAUCUGAUCGAUUAAAUAUACGAUGGAAUAAAACUAUGAUGGUCCCUACCGCUGAACGUUUUGAUAAUACAUUGCCUUUAACAAUAGCACCAUUGUUGCCCUUUAAUACAGCUGAUAAUAAUAAUAAUCUUGAUAUACCAAUCGAUCAAUCAUCACCAUCAUCAUCAUCGAAUAUAUUUACUCGUCCACAAGAUAAUUCAUUAAGUUCAUUAUAUGGUGGUAGUAAUGGUGGUAUUAAUGUUGAUAUUUCACCGGAAGAUUAUUGUCCAAGUUCAUUUGUUCGUAGUCUUUUUUGGAAUUCUAUACGUAAAAAUGAUAUGACAAGCCAAAAAUGUCCAGGAGGUGCUACCGGUUUUGUUAAAUGGCGUUGUAUUUAUAAUCAUGAAUUAGGUAUUGCUGAAUGGUAUCCACCAAGACCUGAUUUUAGUGAAUGUCGUUCAUUAUGGCUUGAUAAUCUUGAUGAACGUUUAAAUAAUCGUGAAUCAGUCAUUAAGAUUGCUAGUGAACUAGCAUUGAUGACAUUAACUAAACCAUUAUAUUCAGAAGAUUUAGUUAAAAUUGCUAAUAUUAUACAACAAUUUCUUGAACAUACAAUAACCAGUAUACAAAGCUUACAAACGGUUGAAGUUUGGCAUCGACAUCAAGUUCUUAAAGAAUUGCUAACAUUUAUUGUUGAAAUUGUUAGUAAUUUACUUGGAAAUGGACAAGAUGAUGCUUGGCUUGAUUUGAACAUAAUCAAUCGAAAAGAAGUUGCUUCAGCUUUAAUCAAAUCAUUAGAAAAAAGUGCCUUACUAUUAGCCGACAAUACUAAUCAUGAUGGUUCUACAGCCAUUGCUCGUCCUAAUGUUUUGGUUUCUGUACAUGUUCUUGAUACUGGCAUGCCUAUAAGUUUACAAUUUCCUACUUAUGAGGAUAUAACCGGAACAAAUGAUUGGACACGAAUGGAAGAUUCCAUAUUUCUUCCCGCACAAUCUUUAGUUGAUCAUUCACAAGGAGGCCUUGCUAAAGUAUCAUUCUUCGCAUAUUAUCGUAUUGAAGAUUUAUUAAAACCAUCACCUCAAACCGAUUUUGAACGUUAUAAUACACAUAUGGCAAAUCGAUUACAGAUGAAUGCAAGUCAAAAUUUAAUGCUUAUUAAUUCACAUGUAAUCGGUGCUGCACUAUCACAUGAUGGCCCUAUUGAUCAUCCAACGCCUUUAUCACAGCCAGUUACCAUUAUAUUACGCCAUAUACAAGUGGAAAAUAUUUCUAAUCCACAAUGUGUUUAUUGGAAUAUGAAGCAUCAAAAUUGGCUAACCGAUGGCUGUUGGGUUGAAUCGACAAACAGUACACAUACUAUAUGUAUGUGUAAUCAUCUUACACAUUUUGCUGUGCUAAGUGAAAUAAAAACGAUUGUCGACAAUCAAUCAGAUUCAUCGAUCGGCAUUGGUCGAUCAUUAGUAAUGGCCAGCUGUUCAAUCAGUAUGAUUAUAUUGGCAUUGUUGACCAUUUUAUUAUUUUUAACACCGGUUGGCAAUAAAAUCACAGCAUCGAAUCAUCGUAAUCUUUAUCUUACAUUGUUUAUAUCGGAAUUUAUUUACAUCUGUAUGAUAAAUACGUUGGAUAAUAUCACAAUAUUUACUCCUUGUUUAGCUAUAUUUCAUUAUUUUUUAUUGACUUCAUUUUUUUGGACAUUCUUUAAAGCAUUUGAUGUUUAUAUGAAUGUAAAUCUAAUUUAUGAACAUUUUAAAUCUUCAAAACGUCUUUGGUGGUAUUAUUCAUUUGCCUAUAUUGGUCCAUUGAUUAUUGUGAUUGCAUGUUUUGCUCCACUACCAACCUAUUAUAGCCAAUUUUUAUUGUUAACACCGGCCAACAAUUAUGUCUACCUUACAUUCAUCGGUCCUUUCAUUGGUCUUAUAUUGGCUAGUUUAAUUUUUGUUUUGUUUGCUUAUGUCAUCAUACGAAAUCAUACUAUUUCAGCAACAACGAUUAAAUGUUUUGAAGAUAUACGUCUUGGUGGUUCAAAAAGUAUGAUCAAUUGGAUUCUAUUAUUGACAUUGUUUCAAUCAAUAAAUUGGCCAUUAGCUUUUGCCUAUAUGUUUGCACAAGAUUCGCAAAUAAUAGCCAUUACAUUUGCUUCGUUCAAUUUAUUAUUAACAUUAUUUGUGGGCUUGUUUUGUGUACUUAAGACCGAAAAUAUUCAACAUUCAUUAAUAUUUCGUUAUCUACCAUUUUCAUUUGGUAAUAAUAAUCAUCAUCAUCAUCAUCAUCAUCGAUCUCAAAUAUCAAGUAAUAAUACGACAAAAAAUUCAACUACUUCGGACGUUUAUUCUACACGACCAGUUGUCACACAAAUCACUUCUACACAAGUGAAUGGCAUUAAUGUACAUACACCAAUCGGUGGUAAUGGUGGUGGUAUUGGCCAUUCACCUUCAUCACCAAAUGCAAUUAGUCCGGUAUCGAUGUCUAUGUCUCCAUGUAUUGGCCAAGUACAACAACCAUUGCCCAUUUCACAUACCACACAAUGGAAUUUUCCAACUGUUCAUCAACAAGAUUUAAUGAACAACAAAAAUAUAUGCAAACAAGAUCACCAAUCUAUUUUGGCACAACAGCAAGAAAUCAAUACCCUUUUGUAUAAUUAUAGUAAUCUUGAUAUGGAUGUCAAAACAUCUAAUCAAGAUAUUCGACAACAACAACAACAACAAGAACCAAUUAUUGAAUUCAAUACAAAAUUAAUGGAUAAUUUUUCAUUACGCAAAAUCAAAACAAAACCAUUGAUCGAUCAAUUUGGAACGUUGCAUAAUUUAAAUGGAAAUCAAUUUAUUCGUCGUCAACAGCAUAAUAAUCAGCCAUCUAAUGUUAUUGAUAAUAAAUACAUUAUACAAAUGAAUCCAAAUCCACAUCAUAUAUCGAAUAUUGAUCAUAUUUAUGAAAGCAUUGAUAGUGAUUCAAUUGCAUCAGCUGCAACAUUGAAUGAAUAUCAUCGUCGAAUGCAAAUGAUUAAUUCAUCAUCAGUUCUUUAUGGACAAAAAUCAUCAACAACAGUCAAUGAAGAUGAUCUCAGUACAUCCUCAAUUUAUGAGGAUAGACCAUUAUUAUUUACAAGUAAUUCGAAUAAUUCUAGAAGAAUAUUUCAAUCACAACAACAACAACAGCAACAAAAUCAUUAUCAUUCAAAUGCAAAUAUUUAUGAUAAAACAUCGGCCGGUAAACAGAUGGAUGAUGGCAGCAAAAUUAUGAAUAUUGAUAACAACGGACAUCAUGGACAACAACAUGGCCAUUCAAAUAUUCUUUGGCAUUUAACUAAAGAUUCACCAGUUUGUUUACCUGAUUUAUUACAAAAAUCAACAAAUCUACUUGUAUCAUAUUCGGCUGAAAAUAAAAUUCGUAAUAAAGUGAUAAUGAAUGCAAAUCAAAAUUCAACAACAAUAUUUCAACAACAACAACAACAAAAUAAUAAUAACUAAUGUUAGAGAUGGAAUGUAAGAAUGGAUUCUUGACAUGUAUCGAUUGUUGUAUUUGCCAAAAUCUCAAAAUGCUAGUCUUUCAACACAUCCUUUACACACACACAAACAUAAAUUCAAUGUAAAUUUCAAUUCCAGAGAACAAUUUAUUCAAGACCUAGUCGUCCAAACAACAACAACAAAAAAUCUAUUUUUUCCUGCUCAUCUAAUUUUAUUUUAAUCAAACACAAACAAACAAACACCGCCGACACAAAUUAAUUGUGCCAAACACAAUGGGAAUCUCAAUCUUUUUUUUUCUGUUUCUCUGCUAUCUAUCGUCCAUUAUUCAUAUAUUCGUUGCCUUUUCAUCUCAUUUCUCCUUGUUUAAAUUACAAAAAAAAUCAUUACAACAACAAACACACACAGUCAUUUGUAAUGGAUAAAAUUCCAGGAAAAAAAAAUCAUAACUUAACUUAUAA